AUGGUUCUGCAUCAUCCAUACAUCGUCAGCCUCUAUGAAGUCAUGGUGCUACCACAUCAUUAUUAUAUGGUCCUCGAGCACGUCGACGGAGGACAAAUGCUUGAUUAUAUUAUCUCACAUGGGAAACUAAAAGAGAAGCAUGCUCGGAAAUUUGCUCGACAGAUUGCAUCUGCCCUUGACUACUGCCAUAGGAACUCCAUUGUUCAUCGCGAUCUAAAGAUUGAAAACAUCUUGAUCUCAAAAUCAGGCAAUAUCAAAAUCAUUGACUUUGGACUAUCAAACCUUUACUCGCCACGAUCCCAUCUGUCGACGUUCUGCGGAUCCCUAUAUUUUGCAGCUCCAGAGCUACUCAACGCCAAGGUAUACACAGGUCCUGAGGUCGACGUGUGGAGCUUUGGUAUCGUCCUCUAUGUCCUCGUUUGUGGCAAGGUUCCUUUUGACGAUCAGUCCAUGCCAGCAUUGCAUGCCAAAAUCAAGCGCGGCUUCGUUGAAUAUCCCGCUUGGCUUAGCAAUGACUGCAGACAUUUGCUGUCAAGAAUGUUAGUGACAGUACCGAGUCAAAGAGCUACCAUGGCGGAGGUUUUGGCCCAUCCAUGGAUGAACAAGUCUUAUGACCAUCAACAGCCCAGCUAUUGCCCUCAGCGAAGCCCCCUGACAGAGCCAUUGGAUAUGAAUGUCAUUCGAGGAAUGACUGGAUUCGAAUUUGGCACAGAGCAGGAGAUUGAGCAGCGAUUGCUAGCAAUCAUUCGAAGUGAGGCAUACCAAACAGCCGCAAAG